AUGGGGAGGAGGUAUGGAGUAGAGGAAAAUUGCAUGGCUUUGCUGGCCAAAUGGUCCUGGGACUUAUUUCACAAGCAAGAGGAACCUUGGGCAAAAAUACUCAUAUCAAAGUAUGGAGGUUGGAGGGCAUUGGAGGAAGGCAUUAGAGGAAGCGAAGACUCUAUUUGGUGGAGGGACCUGCUAUCAAGUCAGCAGCAACAACAGAACCAGGUAGUCAAAACGGAAAGAAAUUGGAAGGUGGGAGGUGGGGAGAAGUUCAGAUUUUGGGAGGACCCUUGGACACAUAAUGCUAUACCAUUAAUGGACAAAUAUCCAAGGCUGUACCGAAUAUCUGAUAAACAGAAACAAAUCAUUAUGAAUAUAGGGAAUAACACCAAUGGCGGAUGGGAGUGGAAGCUAUCUUGGAGGAGGGCUCUUUUUUAUAGUGAAAUUCAAAUGGCAGAUAAUUUCCUUGGAGAACUAUCACAACAGCAGAUUCAGCCAAAUAGGGAGGAUAGGUGGAGCUGGAAGCAUGAUCAAAGUGGAUACUACUUAACAAAAAGCGGAUAUGACUUGAUAUGGGAAGCACAAAUGGGAGCUAAUCAUAAUUUGGACUUUGUGGACAUUUGGAAGCUCAAAAUACCAAGUAAAUCACUGGUUUUUGCUUGGAGGCUAAUUAGGGACAGACUUCCAACUAGGAUGAAUCUUAGAAGGCGGAAGGUUGUGAUAAAUGAGGUACAGUGCCCAUUUUGUGGAGAUGUAGAGGAGGAGGCUGCCCAUUUAUUUUUUAGUUGUAAAAAGAUCCUACCCAUAUGGUGGGAGUCUUUAUCUUGGGUUGGAGUAGCAACAGUACUACCUCAAAAUCCUAGGGACCAUUACCUGCAGCACAUGGCUGAUUUUACAGGGGGAAAGCAACUCACAAGAUGGAGAUCCUGGUUGAUUGCUAUGACUUGGACAACAUGGAAGCACAGAAAUAGAAUAAUAUUCCAAAACGACACGUUUGAUGGAAGUAAAUUGCUUGAUGAUGCACUUAUAGUACUUUGGACAUGGAUUAGAAAUAUGGAGAGAGACUUUGGAACACAUUUUAAUCAGUGGUCCUCCGACCUAAAGGAAGUGUUUAGUAAAUAG